UCUCCCUCUCGCUCUCUCGCUCUCCAGCUUUCUCUCCCUCCUUCCUUCCCUCCCGCCCUCCCUUCCAGGGCUGUGUAUCUAUCUUACAUUCCCAUCCCAGCCUGUCACUAGCGCAUCAGAAGGCGAUCAUGGCGCAAAGGGGGACACCCCAGCCUCGGACACGGACCCUCCCGGAGGGAAGAGCCAGGAGCUCCGGAGCGCAGGGGCUGUCGCCACCGUUCCUCCUGCUGCUCCUGCUGCUCCUCUGUGCCUCCGGGGCUGCGCUGCGGUGUCCAGAGCUGGGGGGCGAAGGUCCCUGCUCCUGGGUGACCCGGACUGGAAGAAGCCUGCUGGACCACUCGCUCCUUGGAGGUGGUGGUGGCGGCGUCGGCGGCGGUGGAGAGCCUGAGGCAGGAGCGGACCUGAGCGCACUCAGUAUUGGGGAAGGAGGCGAUCCGGCUGCUUGGAAGAGUCGCUCUCGGAGAGCGGUGGCGGCUGCUGGAGCAUCCCCCAGGGCGCAGGUCUCUCUGAUCAGCACCUCGUUCGUGCUCAAAGGGGACGCGACUCAUAACCAGGCGAUGGUGCACUGGACCGGCGAAAACAGCAGCGUAAUUUUAAUUCUGACCAAGUAUUACCACGCUGACAUGGGAAAGGUGCUGGAGAGUUCUUUGUGGAGGUCAUCAGAUUAUGGGACUUCAUACAUCAAACUCAAUUUACAGCCUGGCAUCACCACAGUGAUUGACAACUUCUACAUAUGCCCUACAAACAAGAGAAAGAUAAUUCUAGUAAGCUCAUCUCUUAAUGACCGGGACCAAAGCCUUUUCCUGAGCACUGAUGAGGGGGCCACCUUUCAGAAACAACUCAUCACAUUCUUUGUUGAAACUCUGAUUUUCCAUCCCAAAGAAGAGGAUAAAGUGGUUGCCUACACUAAGGAGAGCAAGGUUUACUUAUCGACUGACUUAGGAAAGAAAUGGACCCUUCUUCAAGAACGAGUGACUAAGGACCAUGUUUUCUGGGCUGUAGCUGGAGUAGAUGGAGUAUCAGAUUUGGUUCAUAUGGAAACCCAGGAUCUCACUGGAGGUUUCCGGUAUGUCACCUGUCAGUCUCAGAAUUGCUCUGAUAGAACACCCACGAUUCCAUUUGCCAGCAGCAUUGACCACAAUUCCCUGACUGUGCAGGACGACUACAUAUUCUUUAAGGCGACCACAGCAAAUCGGACUAAAUACUAUGUAUCAUAUCGACGCAAUGAAUUUGUCCUGAUGAAACUACCAAAAUAUGCACUACCAAAGGACUUGCAGAUUAUCAGCACUGAUGAAAAUGAGGUAUUUGUGGCUGUCCAAGAAUGGUACCAAAUGGACACGUACAACCUUUACCAGUCAGACCCACAGGGCGUGUACUAUUCAAUUGUGCUUGAGAACGUUAGGAGCACGAAGCAACCAGAAGAAAACGUCCUGAUCGAUAUCCUGGAGGUCAGAGGUGUCAAAGGAGUCUUCCUGGCCAACCAAAAGAUUGAUGGAAAGGUCACAACACUGAUAACCUACAACAAAGGCCGUGACUGGGAUUAUCUGACGCCACCUGCCACUGACAUGAAUGGCAAACCCACCAACUGCAAACCUCCUGACUGCCAUCUUCACCUUCAUCUCCGAUGGGCAGACAAUCCAUACGUGUCAGGCACUGUCCAUACCAAGGACACAGCACCUGGUCUGAUCAUGGGAGCAGGUAACCUGGGCUCUCAGCUGGUGGAAUACAAAGAGGAAAUGUACAUCACAUCUGACUGUGGAAAUACUUGGCGUCAGGUCUUCGAAGAGGAACAUCACAUUCUGUACCUGGAUCAUGGUGGAGUGAUUGUGGCUAUCAAAGACACAUCCAUCCCUUUGAAAAUACUCAAGUUCAGCAUUGAUGAAGGUCACACCUGGAGCACACAUAAUUUCACAAGCACCUCAGUCUUCGUGGAUGGACUGCUAAGUGAGCCCGGGGAUGAGACUCUGGUCAUGACGGUCUUUGGUCACAUAAGUUUCCGUUCAGAUUGGGAACUGGUGAAGGUGGACUUCAGACCCUCUUUUCCCAGGCAGUGUACUGAGGAUGAUUAUGACUACUGGAACCUCACCAACUUACAGGGUAAUCGCUGUAUCAUGGGACAACAGAGGAGUUUCCGGAAAAGGAAGACCACAUCAUGGUGUAUCAAGGGGCAAAGCUUCACAUCAGUACUCACAUCUAGUGUGUGCAAAUGUUCAAGCUCAGAUUUUUUUUGUGAUUAUGGAUUUGAAAGAUCAGCAACUUCAAAAUCAGAAGCCAAAAAGUGUUUUGCGAAUUUCUGGUUUAAUCCUGACUCACCUCCUGAAGAUUGUGUGUUGGGGCAGGCAUAUACUAGCAGCCCAGGGUACCGGAAAGUGGUAUCUAAUGUCUGUGAAGGUGGUGUGGACCUGCAGCGGUACGUGCUUCAGCAUCAGUGCCCCCUGACAGCCCCCAGAGGGCUGCAAGUCAGCAUCAAAGGAGAGACUGUGGCCGUGAAGCCAGGAGAAGACAUCACGUUUGUGGUCAGACAGGAGCAGGGUGAUGUUCUAAAUACAAAGUACCUGGUGGAUCUUGGCGAUGGCUUUAAGGCUGUCUAUGUGAACCUCACUGUGACAGGGGAACCUAUCCGACACCGCUAUGAGAAUCCAGGAAUCUACCGGGUCUAUGUCAAAGCAGAAAAUGCUGCUGGGCAUGAGGAAGCUGUGCUGUUUGUUCAAGUGAAUUCUCCUCUACGGGCGCUACACCUGGAAGUAGUUCCUGUUAUUGGAGUAAACCAGGAAGUCAACCUCACUGCCAUUCUGCUGCCCAAGAACCCCAAUCUAACUGUCUUCUACUGGUGGAUAGGAAAUAACUUGCAGCCCCUUCUCUCUUUGGAUAAUUUUCUUGUCACGCGAUUUUCAGAAAUGGGUGAAGUCCGAGUAACAGUGCAAGCCUCCUGUGGGAAUUCCAUGCUCCAAGACUCCAAAGUCAUCAGGGUUUUAGAUCAAUUUCAAGUCCUGCCUCUGAAGUUUACUAAGCACUUGGAUAUAUACAAUCCCAACAUCCCUGAAUGGCGAGAAGACAUUGGCCUGGUCGUCACCCGCCUCCUUUCUGAGGAAACCAAUAUCCCUGAGGAAUCUCUGCUGACUGUGGUGAAACCAGGCCUGCCCACAACUGCUGACUUGCAUGUGCUCCUGCCAGCACCUAAACCAAAGAGGAAGAGGAGCAUACCAAGUGACAAGAGGAUCAUGGCCAUCAAACAAGCUUUGAAUGCCCACAAUAUCAGCUUUUUCCUAAGAGGAGGCUUCUGGGUACUUGUAACUCUACGUGACACAGAUUCAGAUUCUCAAAGGAUUGGAGGAGGAGGUGGCUAUUGGGCCCUCAUCGUUCUUUUCCUUAUCUGUCUUUUUGCAGUGGGAGCUUUCAUCCUCUACAAAUUUAAAAGGAAACUACCAGGCAGAACUGUUUAUGCCCAGAUGCACAAUGAAAAGGAACAGGAGAUGACCAGCCCAGUCAACCACAGCGAGGACACACAGAACAUCAUCCAGGGUAAUCACUCAGGCGUGGUUCUGAGCAUCAACUCCCGAGAGAUGCACAGCUACCUGGUUAGCUGAUGUUUGCAGCUGGGCACAAACAUGGAAGACUCUUCCCCAUCUUGUUUUGUCCCCCACCCCCACCCCAUCUCCACUCUGGGGAGGUCCCAGGAUGGCAAGUGUGGCUAUAACUGAUGUUGCAAAGGGAAUUCCCUGAAAAAGACACCCAGAACAGUGGUCAUUGCCCGAUGGUCCCCAUUUGAAGCAGAGGACACAUCUCACCUGAUAUUCCCUGGAUGGACUUCGAGCCUGGACCAACUCAAACUCAAACUAUCAGAGCAGAAAUACAGCCCAAGGCACUCCCCAGCCUCCCUUCUCCUUGUGUCCAUUCCCCUCCACUGACAUUUAUGUCUUUGUUCUGACAUCUUUUAUGCCUCAUGACCCUUUUCAUUGGCGGGUAGUCUCGAAGACCUGAUUGGAAAUGCCUAGCAGCAGAAAAAAGGACCAGAAGGGGGCCUUGCUAAGAGUAGUGAACCCCCUCUUCCCCCUGCUAGUUUGUCAUUCAGAGUCCCUAAGGAAAGAACAUUCCUGAGUCCUCCUGCUCCCCAGGGGAACACACCCACCUUGGCUAGCUGCUUCUUCCUCAACUUGAUCCAGAAGUGGUGAACUUCCCUAAACUACUGGGAUUUCUUGUUCUUAAAAAGGGAAAUAAACCCCAGUAGAAAUCCUAACACUAACAACUCCUAUUUAUCCUACACUUUCAAGUUUCCAAAGUGCUUUUUCCCUAUAAUCCUAUAAAAUACAACAUGUAAAUGUGAGUAUCCCCAUUCUAGAGAUGAGGAAAUUAGGACUUAGACAGAUGUGACUUGCUCAAGCUUCCAUGGUUAAUAAGAUUCAGUCAGGAUUUGAACAUAGAACUCUGGAGUCCAGGUCCAGUGUUUUUUCUCCCCUGCUACACCACCCUUAGUAUCAUAGCAUUUAGAACUUACUAGGUCCUUAAGAGAUGAUUUAGUCCAACCCCCUAAUUUGAUAGAUGAUGAAAAUGAAGGCCAAGGAAGGGAAGUAAUUUUCUAGGAAAUGUCAGAGCUGAGACUUCAAGCCUGAUCUCCUCUACCCAGGCCCAGAGCUUCAUUCUCUCCACAUCAACCCAUUAUUAAUCACCUACAUGUCUAUAGCAAUUUGCUUUGAAGGUUUACAAAGCACUUUCCCUAACUCUUGUUGUCCUAAGCUGUGUUGGUGAACCUAUGGCACAUGUGCCAGAGGGGGCUGCUCCCCUCCCCCUCUCCACUGUGCCUGAGGACAUUUCUCCCAUCCCCUGUCCUUCUGCCCAGCAGCCCAAUGGGAGUGCUUCCUCCUUCCCCUGUCUGGGAGCAGCUCACAUGCUGUGUGAGGGUUGCAGAUUGGGCACUCAGUCUCUAAUCUCUAAAAGGUUCAACAUCACUGGCCUAAAGGAUGAGUGAAGCUGGGAACCCGUCCAGGUUAGGGAGAUGCAUCACUUCCCAGCCACAGUAGCUGAGUACCCAAUAUAAGCAGCCCCAGAGAUCACCUUUCUCCCCAACCCUACCAGCCAUGGCCACUAAGGAAACCCCCAGCGCCUUCUUCCCCCAUCACCCUUCCGCCUUCCCCUUUUUAAAAGUCAAAUAAUGUAAAUACUUCUUUAUGUAGCUUUUGGGGUAUUUUUUUUAACUUUCUAUUUUUAUGGUAGGGUCACACAGGCUAACUAAGCUUGGGUUUAGCCCUCCUCCCCAGCCCCUUAUAUUUGUCAAAGCAGCAGCAAAUGAAAAUAACAAUAAUAAUAAUAAUGAUAAUAAUAAUAACUCACAUUUCUAUAGCACUUCAAGGUUGACAAGCCUCUUCCUCACAACAAGCCAGUGAGGUAGACAGUGUACAGUUAUGAGGAUGCCGUUUCUACAAAUGAGGAAACUGAGGCUUUGAAGAGGAUAUUUGGCUCACACAGGGAUGCGAAGAGAGGGAUAUUCUCUCUUGAGAACAAGGACAGUUCUUUUUCCAUGCUACCAUACCUAUUCUCUCUCUUGAGUUUCAAGAGAUGCUCUCCCAAGUGUCUGAGUGUCUAGGGCCACCCCCUUUAUGUCUCACCUGGUUGUGGUCUUUGCUCUAAAAGCUAAGGCUGACCAGUCUCUUCCCACUGGGUCCACUAAGACUAAGGGACAGAAUAUGAUCUCCAGAAGGCUUUUCCUCCAUUCAACCACAGGGUGGCACUCCUCCUCCAUGCUACCCCCACCCAGUAGUUUUUCUAUAAGGCAAGAUACUGGUUCCUUUAAAGGAGUCCACCUCCAAAAGACAUCCAAGCAGUUUAGUGUCUCAGUAGACGUGGCUCAACUUCAGUGGCCCAGGCAAUUAAGAAGCCACAAAUCACACAUGGUAACAGGGUAGUUGCCUAGAAUUAGAGAUACUAGUUCAAUAAGAAAAUGGCAUCAGCCAAAUCAAGAAGCAUUGAGCUCCAUCUAAGAGCCAACCACUGGGCAAAGCUUGGGGGACCCAAAGCAAGGCAAACUGUCCCUGCUGUCAAGGAGCUCACAAAUGAAUGGAGACACCAUACAAAUGAUCAUGGACAAACAGGGUAUAUGAAAAAUAACACAGAUAAUUUCCCAGAGGCAUUCAGAGCCUUGGGGAAGAUGGGAUUUUAGCAGAUUUGAAGAAAUUCAGGCAAGACAGGAAGUAGAAAUAAGGGAGAGAUUUUUAAAUUCAUGUCUUUAUAGAAUUACAAAAUUCUAGAACCAAAAGAGACCACCUGAUCUUUGUGGACAAUCUGGACUUGAGAUUUCACUAGUGUAGGUAAGGAAAUUCCUUCUGCCCCCAUGCAGAUAAGCAACUGCCCCACAAAUUAUAGUCUUAUAACAUUGCCAAGGGCCCCAAAAGGAUAGCUAAAAAGUCACACAGUAAGCUAGUAGCAAAGCACUUAAAUGAUAAAUUUAGAACUCAGUCAAGUCUUCCAACUCUAAGUUUAAUGCUCCAUCCAUCUCCAACAAAGGAGAAAUUAUAGCUCCUUCCUUGAGAUCACCAAGCAAGAAAAUGCUUAUCUGAGGUGACAUUCUUCUGAUGACCUCUUCUAUGUCUUGUUAGUUCUUCCAUAGAUUACACGGGGUUUCAAUCAUAGGGCCAUAAAUUUAGGGAAGGAAAUGUCCCUCAAAGAUCAUCUACUUCAUCCAGUCCAGCCCAGUUAUAUGAAUGAUAAAACUGAGGCCUAGGGAAGGGAGGCGAAUUCUUAAAAAAUCACACAAUUUAUCAAUGGCCAGGAUUUGAAACCAAACCCACAAUUCUUUCUAUUUAUGCCAUGUAGCUUUAUGCAGUAAACUACACUCAUGGGGGGGGGAUUAUCUAUUCCAGAAUAUGGGUACCCUUAACAGUCUAAUGUGGGAAGAAUGAAGAGAGCCUCCAAAAGCUUUGAGUGCAUGGAGUAUAAGUCUCUGUAGCCCCUGCCAUGGACAUCAUUCUGGAAAAUGGUCACCUCCACCAGCUUUCCUGAAGUUCUGAAUAUCAUGAGAGAGACUUUAAGUGGUAGUGUUACAUUAUCUCAGAAUCAUGAGAUUUAGAACUAUAAGGAAUUCUAGAAAUCAACUAGUUUAGCCUCUCCCCUUCCCAUUUUAAAGAAGAGGAAAACUGAGACCCCAAAAUGAGGGUCUGAGCUCACACAGCAACAAGUAGCUGAUCCAGGAUUUGAACCUUUGAUCCCAGAUUCAUGGUCUUUUCUGAACCAACUUCUUUGAAAUUCUAAUUUUGUUCAUGCUGACAAAGAAAAUGGCAGUUGGAUUUCCAGUUCUUGAUCAAUCAUGGAAGCUAGAAGGAGGACUGGUGUUGAGAUAACAGGUAUACAAGUGCUUUUUUCAGAUAGGGAAACUGAAGCCCAGGAAAAGGAAUGAUUGGCUCUAGGUGACAAAGUAGCAGAGCCUGGAUUUGAAUGCCAAGUCUUCUUCCUGUAAAUCAGAAGCACUGUCACUGGCAUCUUUUUUCUUCCUCUUCAACCAAAUCUAAGAUAAGUAGAGCUGGCAUUAUUAUCCUGUUUGAUGAAGGCCUAGAGAGAGAUCCAAUGAUUCCAUGACAUAUAAGGUCAUGUAGCAAGUCAGUGACAGAGUGGGAAACUAGAACCCAUAUCCAAGAGAGCUGAAUUGAGGGGGAUGAGGGUUUUCCUGAAAAUUGAUAGGAGGAGACUUGAGUUUUCCAUAUUCUUUAACUGUCUACAUCAGUUAUAUAUUCCCUCUUCCACAUUCCUGGCAGCUUCAAUUCAAUGAUUUUUUUUCCUGAAAUUUCAGGUAUAAUAACUUGUUUUAAAAAAAAAAGAAGAACAGCCCUGUUAUUUUCCUUGUGCUGUUAUUCUAUAUACUUACAUAUAUGGAGCUAGAAAAAAUACCUAUACAUACUUUAUAGAUUCUUAUUAUACAUCCACUAUAGAUACUCCAAUUCCACUAUCAAAGCCAAAUGAUACUACUACGCUUGUAUGUCUGCCUCCUCACAAAAGAAGAAAGCUGGGAAAAUUGUGAAUAUAAUUUUUAAAAAAGAAACUUUAAAAUCACUGAUGAGCUUCUCCACCUUGAGUCCUAGGAUGAAUCGCCCAUGAACACACCAUGAAAAUACAAUGAACUUGAAUGUGUAAAUAUUUUAAGCAGUUUAAUUAAAAUAAAGCCAAACAAAA